UUUUUUCGAUCGUUCUCCGGAAGUCACGCGCCACAUCCUGUAGCUUGACUGUGACAGAAGUUUGCCGCUGAGCUGGCAGUUCGGUAGUAAAGAUGCUCUUCGCAGCCCUCGCCGUAUUUGUAACAUUAUUCAGCCUUGCGGAAAGCAAACAGAAAGACUUUUACACCUUCAAAGUGGUGAACAGCCGAGGGAAGCUCGUGUCUCUAGAAAAGUACCGGGGUUCGGUGUCGCUGGUGGUGAACGUAGCCAGUGAAUGUGGCUUCACCGAAGAACAUUACAAAGACCUGCAGCAGCUCCAGCGGGACUUCGGUUCAAGUCACUUCAAUGUUCUGGCUUUCCCCUGCAACCAGUUCGGGCAGCAGGAGCCAGGCAGCGACCAGGAGAUCGACAGCUUUGUGCGCAGAGUCUAUGGAGUCUCCUUCCCGCUCUUUAGCAAAAUCGCUGUCGUUGGAACAGGAGCACAUAAUGUCUUCAAAUAUCUUGCUGAGGCGUCCGGAAAAGAGCCCGACUGGAACUUCUGGAAGUAUCUCAUCGAUGUAAACGGCAAAGUGGUGGAUGCAUGGGGACCUGAUGUUUCCGUCAAAGAAGUCCGCCCCAAAAUAGUUGAAAUGGUGCGGCAGAUCAUCCUAAAAAAGAAAGAGGAGCUUUGACCCGUUUCCAGAUCCAAGGGAAUAAACAACACAUUUGCAGAGAUCCUGUUGAGCUCUUGACUUUAUCUGACGAGCAUUAAUCCCAUCUUCAUGCACUGAUGAAACUUCACUUUGUCCGUAUGUUUGUCAGGCUUUGAAUCAGGAACAUUUGAACCAAUUAGCUCUUUUUUUUUCUAUAUACCAAGUGCAAAUACUUUGAUUUGUUUGUUUUAUUGAAUAAACUUUUACUGUGACAACUUGA